AUGUAUUUAAGUAUAAAAUUUUCAAUUUACGUGUUAAGUAAUUAUCAGCCAAGCCAAGGCGAGAGAGCACAGGGGCUAAACCGUAAUAACACUGCAAGUAACAAUUCACAAUUGGGCCUUCCCCACGGCCGGCCGAACAGAAGCUACUCAAGCUCAACCGCCAUAGCCGCCGCCAUGGAUCCUCACAGCCAGACCACUUCACUACAACGACUCCAAAACGUCGAGAAGAGAAUCGUGAGGGUUUUGGAGCUUGCCGGCGGAGUAAUGGAGGAAAUGGCCAGUCCCGGUGGCCCCAGAAAGGAGUUAGUUAACAGCAAUUGCACUGAGUUCAUGCAAUUAGUCAAGGAUUUUCAGAUGACGCUGAGGGAGGAAAUUAAGAGUGCUUGCGAAUACCGUCCGUUUGAGAAGUGUGACUAUGUUCCGAGAAUAUCGAACGAGAUUUGUUGCAAGAAAUUGGAAUAUGUCAUAUCCCAGCUUGAUGAGAUGAAGCAAACAAUUGAGGGGUAUGUAUGA